GGAGAACAUGGCGGCCGCGGAGAGCGGCUGAAAUGCUUGUUCUUCAGGCCAGGCGAGCGGGACGCUGACGCGGUUCGCCGAGCCCUGUUCUCCGACGGCUGGACAGCGACUCUGCGCGCCUCGGCCGCCUGUUUGCCGUUGCUCCCUCGAGCAGAGUCAGUGCCAGGUUCGUUCUGCAUCCCCCUACGGGGGGACCCCUGCUCCGGAGGAGGGGGCCGGAGAGCCGCGGCGGCGGCGGCGGCCGCCUGGGCCCCGGGAGCUGGGCGCCUGGCUCGAGGAGCAGCGGAGGCCGCGGCGGCGCCGCCACGGUGAACGCGGCCCAGAGGCGGCGGCGGCAGGUCUAUCCAUACUAGAAAUGUAACUGGAAGUGACUCUGAUGAUGAAAUCAAGAACCAUCCGGAAAGAUAAUGCAGUAGAAACCUUGCUUCCAAAUGAAGAGAGGUCUGGUUCUUCUAUCAAGUGCUAAGAGACGACUAUUAUGAUCUCCAACUCUACAACUCUAAUAGCUUAUUUGUAUAAUUGGCCUUAAAUGAGGUGAGAGUGAAGAGACUAGAGCCAUCCGUGGAAAACAUCAUUAACCCGUUCCCUUGGAAGCUGCCCUCUGGAGCACUAGAUUUGACCAUAUCUGUUUUGAGAAUUCAUUAUGAACAAAGAGGUCUCCCAGUUUUUCAACAUGAGUGGCCUCGGGGACAGUUCAUCCGACCCUGCUAACCCAGACUCACAUAAGAGGAAAGGAUCACCAUGUGACACACUGGCAUCAAGCACUGAAAAGAGGCGCAGGGAGCAAGAAAAUAAGUAUUUAGAAGAGCUAGCGGAGUUACUGUCUGCCAACAUCAGCGACAUUGACAGCUUGAGUGUAAAGCCAGACAAAUGCAAGAUUUUGAAGAAAACAGUCGAUCAAAUACAGCUAAUGAAGAGAAUGGAACAAGAGAAAUCAACAACUGAUGAUGAUGUUCAGAAAUCAGACAUCUCAUCAAGUAGUCAAGGAGUGAUAGAAAAGGAAUCCUUGGGGCCUCUUCUUUUGGAGGCUUUGGAUGGAUUUUUCUUUGUUGUGAACUGUGAAGGGAGAAUUGUAUUUGUGUCAGAGAAUGUAACCAGCUACUUGGGUUACAAUCAGGAGGAAUUAAUGAACACCAGUGUCUACAGCAUACUACACGUGGGAGAUCAUGCAGAAUUUGUGAAGAAUCUGCUACCAAAAUCGCUAGUAAAUGGAGUUCCAUGGCCUCAAGAAGCAACACGACGAAAUAGCCAUACUUUUAACUGCAGGAUGCUAAUUCACCCUCCAGAUGAGCCGGGUACUGAGAACCAAGAAGCUUGUCAGCGGUAUGAAGUAAUGCAGUGUUUCACUGUGUCACAGCCAAAAUCAAUUCAAGAGGAUGGAGAAGAAAUAAGAGCUGUAACUAACUGCUGCCAGUUGGAAAUGUACCAGAUGCAGCAGACUGUCGAACAGCUCUGCUUUUUAGAAAGUUUCAAGUUUAGAGUGUAG